AGUUUUAUAUUUCUCUUAAUCUGAAUGAAAGAGAAAUCAAGUACUAAUAAUACCAAAGUAGUCUUUGAAGUCUUCCUAAUUACAUCAAGUGUGGCGUCAAAGUAUUAUGUCAAGUUUCUUGAAUUGCUACUUGACAAAAAUAUUUGUACUUUAUUUACAACUACAUUCCACUUUUACUUGCCAAGGAGGCCCGGUUAUGCAUCGUCUGUUUGCCCGACAAUUUCUUUAUUUUGUUUUUUGAAAGAAAAGGUGCAUUUAUAGGCUCAUAGCAAAUGAUGGAAAUCAAGGUUGUCACUAAGGCAUCCAAUGUCUAUCCAAAAGAUACUGACGCCCCUUCAUGUGGCACGGAUGAUAUGACAAAGCUUUCUUAUCUUCACGAACCAGGAGUUCUCUAUAACCUGAGAUGUAGAUAUGAUAAUGAUGAAAUUUAUACUUACACAGGAAACAUACUGAUUGCUGUGAAUCCUUUUAAAAGAUUACCUGAAUUGUAUGGCAAAUGUGUCAUGGAAAAGUAUAGAGGAACUGCACUUGGGGAGUUGAGUCCUCACCCUUUUGCUAUUGCUGAUGCUGCUUACAGGCAAGCUAUGAUUAAUGACGGGAUCAGCCAGUCAAUUUUGGUUAGUGGAGAAAGUGGAGCUGGCAAGACAGAAAGCACAAAGAUGCUAAUGAAUUAUCUUGCAUAUAUGGGGGGCAGAGCAGCAGAUGCGGGACGGAGCGUGGAGCAACAAGUCCUUGAGUCAAAUCCGGUUCUUGAAGCAUUUGGCAAUGCAAAAACAUCAAAUCCGGUUCUUGAAGCAUUUGGCAAUGCAAAAACAGUGAGAAACAACAAUUCAAGUCGUUUUGGUAAGUUUGUUGAGAUUCAGUUUGAUAAAAGGGGAAGAAUCUCAGGUGCUGCUAUCAGAACAUAUCUUUUGGAAAGAUCUCGUGUGUGUCAGGUGUCUGAUCCUGAAAGAAACUAUCAUUGUUUCUAUAUGCUUUGUGCGGCACCACCAGAGGAUGUUGAAAAGUACAAAUUGGGGAAUCCUAGGAAAUUUCAUUAUCUAAACCAGUCAAUUUUUUUUGAAUUGGACGAAGUGGAUGAAUCUAAAGAAUACCUCGCCACCAGGCGAGCCAUGGAUGUUGUAGGGAUCAGUUCUGACGUGCAGGAUGCCAUUUUUAGAGUUGUGGCUGCAAUACUUCACUUGGGCAACAUUGAAUUUGUGAAGGGAAGCGAUCCUGAUUCUGCAGAACCUAAGGAUGAUCAGUCUCGCUUCCAUCUUAAAACUUCAUCUCUACGAAACCGUUUUUGUGUCUACUCUAAACUGUUUGAUUGGCUUGUUGAAAAGAUUAAUAAAUCUAUUGGCCAAGAUCCCGAUUCUCAGUUGUUGAUCGGGGUUCUUGAUAUUUAUGGAUUUGAGAGUUUCAAGACAAACAGUUUCGAACAGUUUUGCAUUAAUUUGACCAAUGAAAAGUUACAGCAACAUUUCAACCAGCAUGUCUUCAAAAUGGAGCAAGAAGAGUACACCAGAGAAGAAAUUGAUUGGAGUUAUAUAGAGUUUGUUGAUAACCAAGAUAUUCUUGAUCUUAUAGAAAAGAAACCUGGUGGAAUUAUUGCUCUGCUGGAUGAGGCCUGCAUGUUCCCAAGGUCGACACAUGAGACCUUUGCUGAAAAGCUUUAUCAGACCUUCCGAGACAACAAACGCUUCAACAAGCCAAAGCUAUCACGGACUGACUUCACUAUUGUCCAUUAUGCUGGUGAGGUCACAUACCAAACUGAAUUAUUCUUGGAUAAGAACAAAGACUAUGUCAUUGCAGAACACCAAGAACUCCUCAGUUCUUCAGGGUGCUCUUUUAUCUCAGGCUUGUUCUUACAACAACAUGAAGAAUCUUCUAAAUCAUCAAAGUUUUCCUCUAUUGGCACUAGAUUUAAGCAACAACUGCAAUCAUUGCUUGAAACACUUACUGCCACAGAGCCUCAUUACAUCCGUUGUGUAAAGCCCAAUAAUCUUCUUAAACCAGCCAUCUUUGAGAAUCAAAAUGUACUUCAGCAACUUCGAUGUGGGGGGGUUAUGGAGGCAAUUAGGAUUAGCUGUGCUGGAUUUCCCACUCGGAGACAAUUUGAUGAAUUCAUUAAACGUUUUUCUGUCCUUUGUCCUGAAGUGCAUAGUAGCAGAUAUGAUGAGGUCAUUGCUUCCAAGAAAAUUUUAGAGAAGGUUGGCCUCAAAGGUUAUCAGAUCUUGGCCCAAACCUUGCACCAGUGUCACUGUCUCUCAUAGAUGAACUCAUCAGUACUUCUCAUAUCCUUUACCAACAUUUAACUGUUGAUCGUUGACUGGCAUAGUGGCACUGGCCUGAUUUUUCUAGAAUUUUUAUUCGGCGUUUCUAGUACUACAGGGAUACCGUGAAGGUUUCUCAUACAUUUUAAUGGUUGUUCCAAGUUCCCCCUUUUCUUCAAGGCACUAAGCCUUUUCUUGAGUAAAUUCCAUAAAAGGUC